AUGAGUCUGAAGACGCCCGCCUUGCCUCGGGACUUUUGCAACUUUGGAGGCUGGUAUGGCCUUCUACCGUCCUUCUCGUCUGCCCAAGAAGAAGGCUUCUCCCUUUCCUGCCUAGAUGAAUGGUUUGGCUGGAGAUUGGCAGGCAUUAACGCGUUUUGGCUGCCCAGGAUACACCACGCAACCCACGAUAUAAGCGGUGUAUGGAUGCGUGGCUUGGACCGCUUGCUGCAGUGCCGUGCAGCAGCAUCCGCGGCACCCGCCGAUCGACCCCGGCUUUUGCAACAGAUGUUUCGAGAACAGCAUCCCCUGAACGAUGAAAGCGCUUUAGGACUAAGGAGCAAGGUACCUAUGUCGAGCUGUAUGGUUGUUAAGGGAAUGUCGAGAACUUGCUCAGGAGGGGUCAACAGCAGCAACAGCACCACCAAUAGCAGCAAGGGGAACUCCUCCCCCAUGAAGCAAGCUGAAGAUCUCGAAGAACUGCUGCUUGCCGCAGCUGGUAUCUCACUAGGCUCCUUCGCUGACAGCGGCGGCAGCAGCAGCAGCAGCAGCACAGGAGCAAAGCAGCAGGAGCUAAUACCGUGGGCUGAGCUGUCUCAUAUGCUGGAGCAGUGGGGGGAAUUUCGGCAGGAGCAGCAGCGGCUCUGUGCACAGCUGCAGCAGUUGCAGCAGCAGCGGCUGCUCUUUGAGGCAGCUCCUUUAGCCGUCUUUGCCGCAGAAGAAGAAGCAGCUGAAGCUGCUGCAGCGGAGGCCGCUGCAGCCGAAGCUGCACGCAUUGAAGCCUUAAGCGAGAGAAACCCCCUAGAGGCACUCGAGCUGCUUGGCACAGUCCUGCAGCAGCAAGCGCACCGCAAGGGUCUACUCCAAAAGCAGCAUCGGGAGCCGUGCAGCAGCAAGGUGCUCAAAGCAGCAGUGGCCGCCUCCCCCGACUCUUUAGACUGCAUGCUUCUGUACUUUGACGACCAGAUAGAAGCAGCAAAGAGAGCAGCCGCAGCUGCUGCGGCGAGUUUCUGCAGCAGCAACUGUAUAAGGAGUGCAAUGCGGCUGCAGGUGCUGGCGACUGCUGCAGCACAAUCGCUCUUUCCGCGUCGCUGCUCAGCAGUAGCAGCGACCGCCGCUGCAAGGCGAAAGAAAAAGAGCAAACAGAAACGCGCUAAUGCUGCAGCGGAACAGCCGGACGGGGAACCAUGUCGGGUCGGGCACCCGGCAGUACAGCAGCAAAGGGAACUAAAUGUUGAAGAGGCAGCAGCAGCGGCAGAAGACGCAGCGGACUUGCAGCAGAUCACCGCCGCCUGUAGCUCUUUGCUCAAGGCAGCAAGAGCCUACGCGGCAUUUGCUGCCGCGGCAGCAGAGGGCAGCAGCUGUGAAGAGGGCCAUUCUUCCCCUAAACUCGAUGCCGAAGCGUUCCAAAGUGCGGUGGAAGCCCUCCCUUCACUUGAUGCCGCAACGGCAAUCCUACAGAAAGUAGCAGCUGCUGCAGGUGGUACCACCGCCGCCGAUGAUAGAGGCGACAGCAACACCCGAAAUGCAGCAGUUGCGACUGCUGGCGCGUGA